AUGUCGGGGCGGCAGCAGGAGCCUCUGCCCGCCUGCUUUGCGGGGCUGGGUGCGGGCAGCCCGCGGCCGCGGCAGAAGCGCGGCGGGAUGUUCUGCAGCGUGGAGGAUGCCUUCGACAACAAGACGCUGAACUUCGCCUCGCUCGCUGCCUCCGGAACGGCAACACCCGUCGGGGGGCAGCGCCGCGACAGCCACCCGGGACCGAGCCCCGACGCGGCACCGAGCCCCGAACCCGGCCCCGGCCCGGCCGCGCUGCCCCCGAGAGCCGCCGCUCCGGCCGCGCUGCCCGACGGCUGCCGGCAGAGUGAGAAGCUUCUAAUCAAAGGAGGAAAAAUCGUCAACGAUGAUCAGUCAUUUUAUGCAGACGUUUAUGUGGAGGAUGGCUUAAUAAAACAGAUGGGAGAGAACCUGCUGGUUCCUGCUGGCACCAGGACCAUCGAUGCCUACGGGCAGCUGGUGAUGCCGGGGGGCAUCGACGUCCACACGCGGCUGCAGGCGCCCGUCAUGGGCAUGAGCUCGGCCGAUGGAUUCUUCCAGGGCACCAAGGCAGCGCUGGCAGGAGGCACCACCAUGAUCAUUGAACACGUGUGCCCGGACGUGGGGAGCAGUCUCCUGGCCGCCUACGAGCAGUGGCGCGGCCGCGCCGACAGCCAGGCCUGCUGCGACUACGGGCUGAGCGUGGACAUCCCGCGCUGGCACGAGAGCCUGAGGGAGGAGCUGGAGGCCCUGGUCAAGGACAAGGGUGUGAACUCCUUCCUGGUGUUCAUGGCUUACAAGGACAAGCUGCAGUGCACUGAUGGCCAGAUGUACGAGAUCUUCUGCAUCAUCCGGGACCUGGGGGCCAUCGCACAAGUGCACGCGGAGAACGGGGACAUCAUCGAGGAGGAGCAGAAGAGGCUGCUGGAGCUGGGGAUCACGGGGCCGGAGGGGCACGUCCUGAGCCGCCCCGAGGAGGUGGAGGCAGAGGCCGUGUUCCGUGCCAUCACCAUCGCCAGGCAGGCCAACUGCCCCCUCUACGUCACCAAGGUCAUGAGCAGGGCUGCCGCAGAUGUCCUGGCGCAGGCGAAGAGGAAAGGCACCGUGGUGUACGGGGAGCCCAUCACCGCCAGCCUGGGCACCGACGGCUCCCACUACUGGAGCAAAAACUGGGCCAAAGCCGCCGCCUUCGUCACGUCCCCCCCCAUCAGCCCCGACCCCAGCACGCCCGAUCACCUCAGCACUCUGCUGUCCAGCGGGGACCUGCAGGUCACCGGCAGUGCCCACUGCACCUUCAGCACUGCGCAGAAGGCCGUGGGCAAGGACAACUUCACCCUCAUCCCCGAGGGCACCAACGGCGUGGAGGAGCGGAUGUCCGUGGUGUGGGAGAAGUGUGUGGUGCCUGGGAAGAUGGAUGAGAACGAUUUUGUAGCAGUGACCAGCACCAACGCUGCCAAGAUCUUCAACUGCUACCCCAGGAAGGGGCGCGUGGCUGUGGGCGCCGACGCAGACCUGGUGCUGUGGAACCCCAAGGCUACAAAAAUCAUCUCAGCAAAAACCCAUAAUUUGAACGUGGAGUACAACAUAUUUGAAGGCACUGAGUGCCACGGGGUCCCAACCGUGGUCAUAAGUCAGGGAAAAGUUGUCCUUGAAGAUGGGAAUCUGUGUGUCACCCAGGGCUCAGGUCGCUUCAUCCCCAGGAAGACAUUCCCUGACUUUGUUUAUAAACGGAUAAAGGCAAGAAACAGGCUGGCCGAGGUUCACGGCGUGCCCCGGGGGAUGUACGACGGGCCGGUGCACGAGGUGCCGGCCAGCGUCAGGGCCGUGGCGCCCGGCGCGGCGUCGCGCAUCGCGCCCUGCGCCGGCAAAGCCGCGCCCGCGCCCGUGCGCAACCUGCACCAGUCCGGCUUCAGCCUGUCCGGGUCACAGGCAGAUGAUCACAUUGCCCGGCGCACGGCGCAGAAGAUCAUGGCCCCGCCGGGCGGGAGGUCCAACAUCACCUCGCUGUCCUGA